AUGGCCUCAACUGAUUGGAGUUGUACAUUUAAAGAUUUACAUAUUAAUGAAGCACUUGAUAUAUUCUACUCCAAAUUACACGAUAUAAUUAAUGUACAAUGUCAAAAAAAAACGUAUGUUCUCCACAAAGUAGCCUUUAUGGGUUUUCCCAAAACUCUAAAACAUUUAAUUUUCUCAAAAAAAAUUGCCCAAUUAAAAUAUAUAAAACAAUCUCCAACUAAUGUAAAUUAUAAUAUAUUCUCUAAUCUACGUGCUCAAUGUAAAGUUGUUAAUAAGACCGAUUAUGGAAAUUUUAUACAGAGAACUCAAAGUUCAAUAGCCUCUAAUCCUAAAAGGUUCUGGAAUUAUAUUAAUAGCAAACGAUCAAAUUCUAAUAUUCCAUCUGUUCAUCUCAUAUAA